ACCAUAAAAUAAUAAAACACGAGUUGUUUACUUGAUUGAGAGAGCAUAAACCCUCUCCGUUUAUUUCGCGCCGCCAUAAACCUCAGUCAGCCACCGCUGUCAAAUCUUCUCCGGCAGCUUCUCAUCCACAACACCGUCUCUCUCUCUCUUUCUCUCCGUCUGUAAUUGAAUCAACAAUGGCGACUCGUGAUGGCGGUAUCAAAUCAACAUCAAUAAACGGUGUAAAAGUGUAUACAAUAGCUUCACAACAACCUUCAGUUGCUUCAUGGCUUCCAACUAAGAAGCAACAAUCUCAUCGUUCUAUCAAGAGUUAUACACAAAAUGUGCAAUUGAUUGAAGAUUUGAGGUUCACUACUGCAACAACAAAGAUUAAAGCAACUCCUGAUGGUGAAUACAUCAUAGCUUCAGGUAUAUAUCCACCACAAGUAAAAGUGUACGAGGUCAGGGAGCUGGGAUUAAAGUUUGAAAGACAUUUGGAUUCAGAAAUCAUUGAUUAUCAGGUUUUAUCUGAUGACUAUUCAAAACUUGCAUUUUUAUGUGCUGAUCGCUCAAUAAAUCUACAUGCAAAAUAUGGAAAGCACUACAGUUUGCGAAUACCAAGGAUGGGAAGGGAUAUUACUUAUGACGACUGGUCUUGUGACUUGCUUUGUGCUGCCUCUUCUCCGGAACUGUACAGAAUUAACUUAGAGCAGGGGCGAUUUCUCUCAUCCUUUAACACACAAUCCCCGGCAUUGAACGUAGUUUGUCGAAGCAAGCUUCAUGGGUUAGUUGCCUGUGGUGGUGAAGAUGGUGCUGUGGAAUGCUUUGACACGCGUGUGAGAUCUUCAGUUGGUAGAAUUGAUGCUGUCGGACCUAGUGGCGAUGUUGAUCAGGAGGUCACAGCAUUGGAGUUUGAUGGUGACGGGCUCAAAAUGGCUGUUGGAAGUAGUGCAGGAAAGGUUCUCAUCUAUGACAUGCGCUUGUCACGUCCUUUACGAAUAGAGGAUCAUAUGUAUGGCAGUCCCAUAUUGGACAUUAAGUGGCAUCAUACUCUUAACUUCGAACGACCAAUGUUGAUUACUAGUGAUAAUCAUGUCGUUAGAAUAUGGGAUCCUGUCACGGGAGAAGGCUUAACCAGCAUUGAACCAACAACAGGAGCAAUAAAUGACGUGUGUACAUUUCCUGGUAGUGGUUUGAUCCUGUUGGCCUUGGACAGUAGCCAAAUACCAUCUUACUUCAUUCCAUCCCUUGGACCUGCUCCCAAGUGGUGUUCUUCUCUGGAAAACUUCACGGAGGAACUAGAGAUGGGUGGACAAACAACUAUUUAUGAUCAUUUCAAAUUUUUGACAAAGGAGGAGCUUGACAGGUUAAAUUUGACCCACCUGAUUGGAACCAAUGUACUCAGAGCCUACAUGCAUGGCUUCUUUAUUAAUUAUGCAUUAUACAAAAAGGCAAAAGCGUUGGCGGAUCCUUUUGAAUUUGAAGAAUAUUUUGAGCAGCAGAAGCGAGAAAAAUUUGAAAAGGAACGGGAAUCAAGAAUUACGAUCAAGAGAAAAUUACCCAAAGUUAAUCGGGACUUGGCAAGUCGCCUCCUUGAAACUGAAGAUACUGAAAAUGAGAAGAGAGAUGCUGUUGAAGAUGAUAAAACUAAAAAGCCAUCUAAGAAAAAGAAAGGCAUUAGCAUGCAAGAUCUUGAAGAUGAUAGAUUUAAAGAUAUAUUUACAAAUAAGGAGUUUGAGAUUAAGGAGGACUCUGAAGAAUAUCUGGCUUUGCAUCCCAUGGGUGCUAAAAAGCAAACAUCCUUGUUAAAUGAACACUUUGAACCUGUCAUGUCUGAUGACGAUCAAAGUCUAGGUGAAGAUGAUGCUGAUGCAUCAUCUGAAGAUGAACCUGCAACUAAAAAAAGGAUGUAUGAAAUUAAGAAUGAGGAGCAUGCAGAGGCAUUCUGGAGCCGAAAAUCAAUUGCAGAUGAGGAAUCACUUCCUAUGGGAGAUAGAGUGUUAGCUCUCAAAGAUGACCGACAAUCCUCUCGUCUUCCUCGUGGCGUUAAGCAGGGUCCUGGAGGAUCACGGGAAAUAACCUUCACUUCGAGAAACAGAGCAACCUACAAGGAAGACGAUGAAGAUAAAGAAGUGGAACCCCGGAAAAAGAGGGGAGUUCAAUCCUUGGGGCUCAAGUCACAGGGACCAGUGUUUAAUGGCCGUGGUCGCGGUCGCGGUCGUGGCCGUGGGAGAGGGAACCGUGGCCGUGGUCGCGGUCGUGGUCGCGGUCAUUAGUGACUUCAUACACAAAUGUAAAUUGCAUUCGAUUUCGCAGAUCUUACUCAGUCUAUACAGUGACGUGGGUUGAAGGCCGACAUGGUUGCAUAGCUUCAUGACCUCUGAUGUAUCAUUUAUAGCCUAUCAUCUUAUGUGUUAAACUUAUUUUUGUUCUUCUCCCCCUUUAUUUUGGAUUCUUUAUCAAGAUAAAUCUUGUUUCAUGCGAAACUUACCUGACUUCUUAACUCGUUAAGGGAAAAGGGGAGGGGGUUUUAAGUUAUCACAUCACAUGCUAAAUAUAGGAUAGGAGCAUGUAAUCUCAAUUUUGUUUUUAUUAUGUAUUAUUACCCAUUUCAGAUAAAUUUUCACCCU